UAGGUGGCAUUCAUGAGAUAUCCCAUCUAUUUAUUAAUUAGGGGGCUUUCGGUGAGUGUAUCGUUAUCGCUGGGGUCACGCUGCAGUUGGUCACAUUAUUUAGUUUCCUUCUUUUUCUAUCCGUUUCCGGCGAGAAAUAUCGCAAGCGGUGAUCAAAGUUUGAAAUGUUUCGUUAAGGUAGUCAAGAACAAGCAGUACUUCAAGCGCUACCAGGUUAAGUUCCGCAGGCGUCGUGAGGGUAAAACCGAUUACUAUGCCAGGAAGCGCUUGACUUUUCAAGACAAGAACAAGUACAACACGCCGAAGUACCGUCUUAUUGUGCGCCUAUCCAACAAGGAUAUAACUGUGCAGAUUGCAUAUGCACGAAUUGAGGGAGACCGCGUCGUUUGCGCAGCCUAUUCACACGAGCUACCCAAAUACGGCAUUCAGGUUGGCCUGACUAACUAUGCUGCUGCUUACUGCACUGGUCUGCUAGUAGCUCGUCGUGUGCUCAACAAGUUGGGUUUGGACUCUCUUUACGCUGGAUGCACUGAGGUUACUGGCGAGGAAUUUAAUGUAGAGCCGGUCGACGACGGACCAGGAGCAUUCCGUUGCUUUUUGGAUGUCGGCUUGGCGCGCACUACAACUGGAGCUCGUGUGUUUGGUGCCAUGAAAGGUGCUGUUGAUGGUGGACUAAAUAUUCCCCAUUCUGUUAAGCGGUUCCCUGGUUACUCUGCUGAGACCAAGAGCUUUAAUGCAGAUGUGCACCGAGCUCACAUCUUUGGGCAGCAUGUUGCAGAUUACAUGCGUACUCUGGAAGAGGAGGAUGAAGAGAGCUUUAAGCGCCAAUUUAGCCGUUACAUAAAGCUGGGAAUUCGUGCUGACGAUCUUGAAGAUAUCUAUAAAAAAGCCCACCAGGCCAUUCGUAACGACCCCACCCAUAAGGUCACCGCUAAAAAGGCUGCCGGUGUUACGAAGAAGAGGUGGAAUGCUAAGAAACUCACAAACGAGCAGCGCAAGACCAAGAUUGCCGCUCACAAGGCGGCGUAUGUGGCCAAGCUUCAGUCUGAAACUGAGGCUUGAAUAAGUUUUUCAUCCGUUUAUGUAUAGCGUGAAGAAAAAUAAACACUUUUAAAGAAAAA